AUGGCCAUUGGAGAGAUCAUUUUGGGUUCCUUCUUUCAGGUCUUGUUUGACAAGUUGAGUUCUUUGGCAUCAGACUAUGCGCAACAGGAAGGAACUGACACCACCAUCCUUGAUGACAGGAAGAGGAUGCUAGUCACAAUUAAUGCAGUGGUGGAUGAUGCAAAGGAAAAGCAACUUAGCGGUAAUUGUCUAGUGAAGCUGUGGCUCGAUGAUGUUAGGGGCUUGGCCUUUGACCUAGAAGACUUGCUCGAUGAGUUCGACAUCAAAGCCACUCAAGUUAAGUCAGAGGUUGAAUCCAGAACAAGUAGAGGUGAAUGGAAAAUGAAGUUCUUUUCUUUUACACGACCAGGCUCACUCGUGUCUAACACUAAGGUCCAAUAUAUCAAUGGUAGGUUGGAAGCAAUCGUCAAAAGGAGGGAUUAUCUAAGCUUGAAAGACAAUGUUGUGGACAGAUCCAACUACAUCAACAGAAGGGAUCCCACUAGUUCUCUGCCAGAGCCUUGGUUUUUCGACAGAGAGAAGGAAGAAAUGGAGAUACUUAAACUAUUGAUCCGUGAGGUCAAAAAUUAUGAUGCCACACUAAGCAUAGUCCCCACAGUUGGGAUGGGCGGUGUUGGAAAGAUGGCCUUGGCUCAGCGGCUAUAUAAUAAUGCCAAAGUGAAUAGCUAUUUCGAGAAGAGAGCAUGGGUUUGUGUCUCAUAUGCUUUUGAUGUCUUUGACAUAACAAAGAAUAUUUUGCGGUCGAUCACCGGAUUGUCCAGCGAGGGUGAUCUUAACGAGCUUCAAGUUAAGUUGAAGGAUAGUCUAUUUGGGAAGAAGUUUCUUGUGGUUUUAGACAAUAUCUGGAAUGAGAAGUAUGAAAAAUGGACUGCUCUCUUAAAGCCAUUUGAAGUGGGGGCUAAGGGAAGCAAGAUCAUCAUCACGACUCACAACUUUAAUGUUGCUUCCAUAACAAGAGCUUCGCCAUAUCCUUUGAGGGAAUUGUCCUUUGAUAAUUGUGUAAGCUUAUUAGCCUUUCAUGCUCUUGGAGCAACAAAUUUUGAGAGCCACCCGGCUUUUAAAAUAAUAGACAAGAAAAUAGCUGAAAGAUGCAAAGGUUUACCUUUGGCGGCAAAGAUGUUGGGCGGUGUCCUACGUACUAAAAGUAAUCCUGAUGAAUGGGAAGAUACCUUAAAUAACAAAAUAUGGGAUCUUCUGACAGCAGAGAAUGAUGAGGUUCUCCCAGUUUUAAAAUUGAGCUAUGUCCAUCUUCCUUCCUAUUUGAAGAGAUGUUUUGCUUAUUGUGCGGUAUUUCCCACGGAUUACAAAAUUGAGAGGGAUGAGUUGACUGCUUUGAUCCGAGAAUGUGCAGCAGUUGCUGUGUCGCCUUUAAUGGGGUUCCUUUAUACCUUGAAGUAUCUAAUGAUGUUGGGUGCGAGGGGGACAGGGUGGAGUAUCAUCUUCCCCUGGGUGAUCGUGGACCUCGUGAUGCCAGGUUGGGUGCGAGGGGUUCAGGGCGGAGUGUCGUCUUCCCCUGGGUGA